AUGGGUGUUCAGGCUAUUGUCGAUGUGCAGGUGAAAGGAGGAGCGGCGGAGGCUGAUGGUAGACUCAUGCACGGUGAUCAGAUACUUAGUGUGAACGGCGAAGACAUGAGGCAGGCGACGCAGGAAGAUGCAGCAACCAUCCUCAAGACGUGUAUGGGCAAGGUGGUCCUGGAAAUGGGCCGACUCAAGCAUAGCUCCCGGGGAUCAUCCCGCCGGAAUUCCGGAUCCAGUUCCGGUGGAGUGAGGAAAUCCGACUCGAAUGUCAGCGCUCAUCGCUAUGGCGACAGGAAAGGCAAACAUGCAAAAGACUCUAGUGAUGAUAAGAGCAGUGGCAGAGAGGAUGGCGAUGUGAGGGGGGCGACGCCGCCGCUUCCGUCGACGCCAGCGCAGCAGCCGCCGCAGUACAACACGAUCACGCUCGAUCGGGGCCCCGAGGGCCUCGGCUUCAGCAUAGUCGGCGGGCACGGCUCGCCGCACGGAGAUCUGCCGAUCUUCGUGAAGACGGUGUUCGCGAAGGGCGCCGCGGCAGACGACGGCCGCCUCAAGCGCGGCGACCAGAUCGUCGCCGUCAACGGAGAGACGCUAGAGGGCGCCACGCACGAGAAGGCGGUGACCAUACUGAAGAACUGCAAGGGCACCGUCGGUCUGACCAUCGUCUCGUAACGUGUGACGUCACCGCGCGCGAGGGGUGGCGGGAGGGGGGUGAGGUGCGAGCACCCGCUCACCGUUGACCGACCUCCGCUUACGAGUACUAUUCGAUUUUUCGAGCUGCCUUCCACUUUAUCAUUACCUAACGUGAUUUCGUCUAAUUUCUCGAUUAAUUAUGCACUAAGUAUUUCGUCGCGCUAAUUUUUACGCGUUCGGGAUUGGAACUCGAUUAACAUUCAAAGUAGCGGACCCCGUAGCUCAAACCCGUGCAAUGUAACCAAGAGUGGGAAGGAAAAAGGUUUCCACCACUCCCCACUAAGAUAAUGAACGCAAUUUGAUAAGCGUUGUGUUCGAAUUUCGUACGAAACCCCGCGCAGCUUUUCUCAUUAUUACCCGAAGCAUCGUUGCCUGCUCUCGUCUGUCUGACUCAUUAAUCGUAGCGCACAUCGUAAACGUGGCGCGUUAUUUCUUGUUGCCCAUUAGAGGAAAAUUAAAUGAAGACCGCGACCGUAAAGAAAGCUUAGAAAACGCGCAGCUAUGUUUACUAGUGACGACAACAUAUACGAUGCAGCAAGGCAACAGUCACCCCAUACACCGCAGCUCAGUUGUUAUAAGGCGGGGAAGUGCAUAUAAGUCAUCUAUCUAUCAGGUCAGCACCUCGUCAGGGUUACACAACGGCAGUUACACCUGAACUAUAGCAUAUAUGAUAAUGCCCGCGAUAAUGUAUUAACGUCUAUAGGGGUCACUCCGACACUGCUGUGUUUCGAAUGAACCCUCACAGCCGAUCGUGUUCACAAAUGACUACGAAAAACCUUAUUCUGCCGUUGACGAAAGAGACUCGCAGUUGUCGUGCAAUUUUUUAGUUGUAGCGAAAACCGAUUCGUGUUUAACGCGUGAUUGCAGUUGAAGCGACACAGCGUAAUAUGGAUGGUACAGGGCGCGCGUGUGUGCGUCAGGGGCGGAGCUGACCCGCUCGUGCACUGCUGCACGGUCACACCAGCUCCCACGAAUGUGAUGUGAACAUGUGUCACAUAUUACUGUUCGUUUAUACAUAUCGAUUUAUAACCGCUUUACCCGUGGAUGGAUUUUAUACUGCAUGUCUCGUCGUUGUCGCUGCUUCCAUCUGUAUAUGAAAUGGCUAGUUGAGCUGCGUUAUCCGCAAUCAAACGUGUGUCGUUACUGUCGUACGUGUUUGACAGUGCGCGGCUGCUGCUGGGAGAGUGAAUGAGUGGCCACGUAUGUUCCCAGCUCGAGCAAUCUUCAUAAACCCAAUGAUACCGGCAACUACUGUAUAACCAA